GCGGCAACUUGACCACCGUCAGGAGACGAAGACGGCGAGGGCUUUUAAAAAAAGAGAAAUCCGUCUGUAACAGGCUGCGGGCCCAACCGCCAACACAAAAGGCGGACUCCUUCGCCAUGUUGGAAGACGGUAGCGCCCUUGUCCGCGCGCGACCGAGGCCGGGUAAAACGUAAGCGCGUCGGUGAGUGUUUCUAAAAACGGACUCGAGCCGACGCAGAGGAGCGGGAAGCUGAGCGGGAGCGGCGCCGCGCGGCAGGCGGCUCGKGGCGUACGGGGAGGACGGCAGCGGCUUCACCGCUCAGCCAUGGAGGAUGCGGCCCGCGGUGAUCUGAUUUCCCAGCCGGCCCACGCUCAGUUUGAUGGGAAUUACCGCUGAUCGCGACGGCCAGCCGGGACAACCCACUGCUCGACUCUUCUCGGGGGGAGGAAAACGCACUCGGCUCCCGACGUCCAUGACUGUUGCGGCAGAGGAGCCCCCACGGUGGAGUCGGCCGGUUCCCAAAAUAUGACCAGGGGUGCUGGGACGUGUUGGCAGCAAGAAGAUGACGACGGCUUCCAAAUCUGGCUAGAGCCCCCCCGCGACCACCAAAAGCCAUUCACCGACUCCGAGAGGGCGCAGAGAUGGCGACUGUCCUUGGCAUCCCUCCUGUUCCUGACCGUCCUCCUCUCUGAUCACCUGUGGUUCUGCGCCGAGGCCAAACUGGCCCGAACCCCGGACAAGUUCGCGUCCUCCCACCUCAGCUCCCCACAGACCCAGUCGGCACGCGGCAGCCUCGGAGGAAACCCGCGCGCUGUUUUUCUAGGAAACUCCACCAAACAUUUGUGGCGCCUCGAAACUUGCCACCAGGAGCGGCGGGACAGCUCGCCCGGAGACUGCCUCGCCCUGGUGGAUGCGGACGACCUGUGCUCGGGCCUCUCCGACCGGGAGGAGGGCACGGCGCGGGCCGUGAGCAACAUGAGCGACCUGUACCUGGCCUUUUGUGACUCCUACUCCCUGCUGGACCUGUUCCGCGGCUCGACGAGUCCGGACAACCUGAACUGCAGCCUCGAUGCGCUGGCGCGGGGCGACGCCGCCGCCCGGUGCAGCGACUGCGUCGAGGCGUACCGGCGCUACGACCAGCACGCCCAGGAGAAGUACGACGACUUCGAGCUCCUCACGCGGAAAUACGAGCCGGGGGAAUAUUCGGUGAGGACGUGCAUGGAGCAGUGCAAGAUGGCCUACAAGCCCUGGCUCUGUGCUCAGUAUUUCCCCACCAUCCUGCAGUCGUGUCAGAGGAAGAUGCCAUGUCACCAGUACUGCCUGGAGGUCCAGCAGAGCUGUCCAUUCAUCCUGCCCGACAACGACGACUUGAUCCACGGAGGAAACCCCAGCUUCAUCUGCACAGGGCUCCUGGGUGAUCAUCCAUCAGACGGCGAGGCGGAGUGCUGCGACGUACGAUGGGACUCCAAAAUGGACAGCCCCUCAGGCGCCACACUCAAAAGGACUGCUUCUUCCUGCCAACCCGAGGGGGCCUCAGUCACUUCAGCCGCCGCCCCAAGACUGUGCAGUGGGCGACUGAAGAUCUGCCUGCUGGCCCUUGUUCUCCUACACACUGUCAUCAUCAUUUCAGCCUCUCAUAAUUCCACGUUGCUGGACGUGGCUGCCAUUUUUUCGCCGGAAGAGGGCGCGUCAAGCGAGGAGUUAACCGGGUUGGGCGGGGUGGUUUCAAAACCAAGGUUGGAGCUUACAAAGAAUUAGGUGUCACCGGAGCAGGGCUGAGGCUUGCUGGGAUACAUCUGUGCUGGAGAUGUCACUACAAUCUGCUGCCAACAAAACCAUCCAUCACAGGAAGUGGGAGGGUUUGAACUGGAGCUGAGGGUGCUGGGACUAAACAUCGACCCAACCRAGAUGUUUGAGGAUCCUCCCCUAAAAGGACUGACUUCUUGCCACUUGAAAACCUGCUCAUUGUUUCUAUCCCAUCCAAAUGUUUUCUAGGAUAUCGUCCCUUCCUCUCCUUCCUGUCCCACCUUUCCCUUCCUUCGUUCUCAGAGUCUGGAUGGGUGGCAUGUCGGAUAGAAACACUGAUGACGUUUGCAUGCCAACUUAUCAUUACCUUUAGAUUUUUGCUGCACUUUUUUUGUUGUUGUUUGUUUCCAGGUGCCAGAAUGUUUUGACAUAUCGACUGUGUUCCACUUCUUACUCUUCACCACCUUAGAGGCGUCUUCUUUAGUACGUUCUGUGUGAUGUUGCUCGAGGGCCCGAUGGUAUCGGCUCGUCCAUCACUCGUCGUGGGUCUUGCUUUUCUGAAAACAAAACGUGUGUGGUUUUUCUGUGUCCCGAUGUUUGGCUUGUAUUUCUGUUUUUGUUUUGUUUUUGUUUCUUACUGGACCUUUUCUUGCACCCCCUACGACGGUACAUGCCUAAGCAUUUUUUGGACCUUAAGUGCUCUGAGAACCGGCUUGCUUUCUCCUCUACUUUGUUCGUCCUGCUGAGCUAAGUUAGGAGUAGUAAGGAAAAGAAAAAUGGCGGCGACAACUUCAGGGCGUUGGUAGGAUUCGAGCUCGGUCAUGGUGCGGCGCUCUGACAGGAAGCGGGAAGUUCUGGUGUUUCUGAAACGUUCAGUUUACCUCAUACAAAGGUCAGGACAGGUGCGAUGACUCGUCCUAACUGUGCCGCAAAGCAUCGGUUGGGAUUUGUCAGGACAUGAGACUGAAGGGACAACCCAGGGACACGAGAGUUUGCCAAAAGCCAGAACAUCAGGAGCCUCAUUCAUCAAYCAAGUGAAAAAAAAWMCAUUUAUUUUAUUUUUAAGGAGCAAAACUUGGUAGACUCAUUGUUAAUAGUCUUAAACGGAGACUGAAGUUGGAAUAUCUUGAAUUUUAGCUUCAAUGAUGUCAAGAUGAUGAAUGAAUGAGUUAUAGAGUGAAAAGGUUUGAGACCACAACUAUUUAAGGCAGAAGUGAAAUUGUCCUGCUGGUCAACACGAGUUAGAACAAAACAAAACUCAGGGAAAAGGAUGAAAUGUGGUAUUUUUUUUUGUUUUGUUUUAAUAGGAAAUAUUUACAAGUAAUGAGUUUACCUGUCAACAGUUGCUGCUCCUCAUUAAUUYAAAAAUUCACUCGUGAUUUAUUUCCACUAGAUUAUUGCAGAUUAUUUGCUUAAAGCAGUGGUUCUCAAACAACAAAACUUACAUGGGAAGUAAAAAGUUUAAAACAAUAAUAAUAAAAAAGCUUUAGAUUUACUUGAGUCCUUUAAAAUUACAUUUAGUCUUUGUGUCCAAACAGUCUGACUUAGUUUUAGUGACGUUUUGUCUCUAGACGGCUACUUGGUGUGUUUCUAUUCAUUUUAUUGAUUUAUUUAAUUGCAGAUCAGUAGGUGUUUGUUCACUCUUUACACCGUCCGGUUUAUUCUGUGUCAAAAACAACUCAUCRUUAGUUUCACUUGAUAUUUUUAGGCCUGAAAAUAAAAAUAUAAAAAUAGGAUUGGUUGGAGCAUGAUGAUAAAAUGUGACUUACAAAAAAGAACCGGUACUAAAACUUGUUGCGUACUGGACCAUCUUCAGUAAAAGCUGCUCUAACCAUUGUCUGAAAGUACCUGUGAUCUCAAAUAUUUGAGAUAAAUUCAAGUGCGUUUUUGAAAAAAUACUAUCAGUAACAUAUUACAAAAAGAAAAAAAAGAACAUGCAGCUGAGACAGUUUUGAAAUAUUUGAAUGUGCAGAAACAGGAAGUGCCCACAUAGAAACAGAGCUACAAUGGCUAACGGCACCAACUUUUAUUAUUAUUUAAAGUCAUUAUAAGAGAGAAGUUAAAAAAAACUUUCAGUUUUGUGAAAGAAUGGGUAAAAUUAGGAUGUUUUCUUCCAUUUUUUUUAUAUUUAAAGGAAAUGCCACUUUAAGGCCUGGUGGGUUGUUUKGACCCAAGGGCAGCAGGAGGAUAAGGGAAUAAAUUUGGGUGGAGCUUGAUGAUAAAAUGCGACUUAAAAAAAAGAAAACUACCACAACUUGAGCGUUGACUACAACAACACAAAGCGUUGACUAAUUUUCAGUAGAAGCUUCUUUAAAGCAGUUCAUGAAACAUCAUAACCUUUCCUCUGAACUCAGUUUGGACCCAUUUAUGUUCAUCCAGGACAGGAUCUUCAGUCCUUCCUGGUCUCUGGGGAAACUUCUUGAUGACUGAGGCUCCUGGAUGUUUGAGCACYUCUCAGGCCAACAAACUGAAAGAGGCAGAUUCUGGCAAUAAAACAAAAAUAAGAUAAUAAAUAAUUUAAAAAAGAGUCCUGGGUUUGUCACUACGAUGUAUUUUAGUAUCACCGAUUAGGUGCAAAGUGACCCGUUAAUCAAUCAAUCAAACAAACCGCUGACUCUUCAAUCUUCAACCAGCUGAUCAGUUUCUAACCAUCACAGACCAGCGAAGAGUCGGUGUGCGAGGAGUGGGAGGAGUUUUAAGGGCUUAUUCAUUGGGUUUGUUUUUGUCUUUACUUUUGUUUCUUUUAGGAAACAUCUGCUACUGCAUCACUCCCUCUUUUUUAUUUUGAUUUCUUUAAGAAACAGAAAACCAAAUUUGCCUCGAGUUAAAACACAAUCCAACGAGCUAACACGUUUCUGAAAGCUAACGUAGGUAAACUCUUCCUAACGAGGCUUUGUGUUAUUUAUUAUUUCUGCUCAGAUGAUGAGCUGAAGACAGAGUUUGGAGAAGAGUGCGUUGGCUCCCCUCUGUUCACCUCCGCUUCAAACCCGCKUUUUAAUUUGCUCUGCAUCCAGUCCGCCGUUCGCCUCACGGUCCAUGAUUUAACUCCCAUUUUUCUUCCUUCCUUUCUCUAACCGGUGAUUUUUAUUUAUGAGCCGUGACGGCAGCAAACCCACGCUUUGCUCUGUGUCUUCGUCUUUCUUUAGCUGAUUGCGUCCUGUGGAUCUAUGCAGAUGAACCCCGCCUCAAACUCUCACCUUUGCCACCACUGUCUCACCCCCCACCCUGUCCUUUCUGUUGUAAAUAUGUCCAGAGGAUGUGGAAGGCCCCGACAUUACCCCCUCACCUCUGUCCCGACUUACCUGCCCGCUCCCCCCGUUGGAAUCUCAUCGUGUUUUCUGUUCGCCUCCUUCGUUCUCGUCUGUUCUUUGAGAUUUUUGCCACAUUUUUCUGUUGUCUAAAGCAGUGUUGUGAGUUGAUGAGUAGGACUGCAUAAAAGGGGACAACACAAAGAGGUCUUUAAAAUAUAUAUCUAUAAAUAUAUAAAAGACGAAGCUUUGAAAAGACGGAAAGGGUUCAAAUAUAGAAAAAAAUAAAUAUAAAAGUUGUCAUAUUGUCAUACUAGAGAUGCUUUAGUUUGCUAAUUUCCUUUCUUUUUUUUCUACAAAAGACUUGGAUGAAAUUAUUUAUAAAAAAUGCGUCCCUCAAGUCAUGAUCUUUUUUGGACGUAAAACAAAUACAUUUAUUAACAUUUUGUUCAGAAGAAAAUAAAUAUAAAUUAUGUUAAACAUGA